AUGCUCGAGGAUCCCGUCAUGAUCAAAUUCAUGACCGAAGUCUCGUCACUAUUCGCCGCUAGUCGACAAGUUCCAUGGUUAAUCGAUGUUGAGGAAUACAUGGCUCAGUUGCCAAAUCACAUCGUGCCGCGAGUGAACUCAAGCGGUGAAAAGUAUCGUGAAAAGCAAUUGCUCACACAACUACCACGACAGGAUCUGUCCGUUGCCUACUGUAGGCACUUAGGCAGCAAUGCUGAACGAAAGGUGGGUCUUACAAAGAAUUAUGGGCGCCUGUGGUUUUUUUGUAGGUGUUAG